CGGAGCUGCGGGGCGGGAGACUGAGAAUCCCGACCGACCGGCUGGCAAAGCGCUGCAUGCAACCGGUGGGAAACCCGGCUGGCUGGGGCUGGGACUGGAGCUCGCACUGCUUCUCGGCAGGUCCCCGGCGGCGAGCGCGGACGGCCCGGAGGCGGCGGCUCUGAGCUGGCAGGCGGAGGGCUGUCUCCCGCGCCCGCCUGCCCGGCGCGGUCCGAGGAUGCGGGGGGGCGAUGCCCGGGGCCAGGGACGCGCUCUGUCACCAGGCGCUGCAGCUGCUGGCCGAGCUCUGUGCCCGUGGGGCUCUGGAGCACGACAGCUGCCAGGAUUUCAUCUACCACCUGCGGGACCGCUCCAGACCCCGGCUCCGCGACCAAGAUAUCUCCGUGAGCUUGCUGACCCUUGUGGUCACUGCCUGUGGUCUCGCUCUCUUUGGCGUUUCUCUCUUUGUGUCUUGGAAGCUCUGCUGGGUCCCGUGGCGAGAACGAGUUCUGCCCUCUGGUAGCAAAGACAACAAUCAAGAGCCUCUUAACUUCACAGACACAGAAACCAAUGAGCAGGAGAACAGUGAGGACUUCCUAGACCCUCCCACCCCCUGUCCUGACUCUUCCAUGAAGAUCAGCCACACUUCCCCUGACAUUCCACUCUCAACCCAGCCAGGAGUCCAGGAGAACUGUGCUCAUAGUGCCCGGGUUCAACGCCAAAUCACAGAGCCAACCUCAUCAGCUCGGCAUAAUUCAAUCCGAAGACAACUCAACCUGUCAAACCCAGACUUCAACAUCCAGCAGCUUCAAAAACAGGAACAGUUGACUGGAAUUGGUCGCAUUAAACCGGAGUUGUAUAAGCAGAGGUCAGUUGAUAAUGAGGAUGGGAGGAGGAGUAACAGCAAAGCCUGUGGGAAACUGAACUUCAUUUUAAAAUAUGACUGCGACUUAGAGCAGCUCAUUGUAAAGAUUCACAAAGCCGUCAAUUUGCCUGCCAAGGACUUCUCUGGGACAUCUGAUCCGUACGUCAAGAUCUAUUUGCUUCCUGAUCGGAAAACCAAACAUCAGACUAAAGUUCACAGAAAAACUCUGAACCCAGUGUUUGAUGAAGUGUUUUUAUUUCCGGUUCCCUACAAUGACCUUGCAGGACGCAAGCUUCACUUCUCUGUGUACGACUUUGAUAGGUUCUCUCGCCAUGACUUGAUCGGCCAGGUGGUGGUGGAUCACUUCUUGGACCUGGCCGACUUCCCCAGAGAGUGCAUCCUUUGGAAGGAUAUUGAGUAUGUCACCAAUGACAAUGUGGAUCUUGGAGAGUUGAUGUUUUCCCUGUGCUAUCUUCCAACUGCUGGCAGGCUGACCAUCACCAUUAUAAAAGCAAGGAAUUUAAAGGCAAUGGAUAUAACAGGAGCAUCAGAUCCCUACGUGAAAGUCUCACUGAUGUGUGAUGGCAGACGGCUGAAGAAGAGGAAAACAUCGACCAAGAGAAAUACACUGAAUCCUGUUUACAAUGAAGCCAUAGUCUUUGACGUCCCUCCCGAGAACAUUGACCAAAUCCACUUGUCCAUCGCAGUCAUGGACUAUGACCGUGUAGGUCACAAUGAGAUCAUCGGCGUAUGUCAAGUAGGCAACGAAGCUGAGAGGCUGGGCAGAGAUCACUGGAGUGAAAUGCUGUCAUAUCCUCGGAAGCCCAUCGCACACUGGCAUUCCUUGGUGGAGAAACGAUGACUAUGGGUAAGAAGACCACUUGUGCCAAGGACACAGUAGGACAACCAUCGUACAAAGACCUUAACUUUUCCCAACCAACAACACCCAGAUGACUACAGUGACCAAACCCUCAGCUGUAACCACAGCAGUAAUUGAUCAUUUUUCCAGAUUGGGUUUGGUGAACAUGAAUGAUCGAGCCCCCUUCUUUAGGUGGCCCAAGGUGGUGUUCUGCAAGGGGAAGCUAAACUCUCAUGCCCAAGAGCCUAGAUCAGACUAUAGAAGAAGCCAGCAGAUAGAGUGGGAGUACUGAGAGUGCCAAGAGUAAUUGGAUUCUUAGUGAUUGACUGAUAUAAGGCCCUUGUGGUGGGGACACAGCACCUGCUGUUGCAGCAGUUACUCUUGACAUCAUGUUUGUUACCUGCCAGAAUGCCCUGGAAAGACAGAAUAUUUAAAAACAUAUCCAGGUGCUAAGUAGGCAGCAGAUCUCAAUUCAUACUGGACUACCUUUGAGCUAAUGACUGUUUCCAGAAAAUCAUUUUAUCCUAAGAAGUGCUCUAACUUUGCAAGGAAUGACCCCAGGAGAGUAAUAAAACAACCAGGCUGUUCCCCUGGAAAGAAAAAAUCUAGGACACACUCACAGCAAAUUCACUGCCCACACCCACGUACAAGGUAGAAAACACUAGCUUAUCAUUGCCCUCUUUUCUCCUAAACCUAAAUUCUGAGGAGUCAGAGUCCCCAGCAGUUCUC